CGGCCCGCGGAGCAACCCCGGGACGGGCGAGGGGCCACGCCGGGCUCCGGGCCCUGCUGUCCUCCCGCAGGGCCCACGAGCGAGCGGUGCCUGGUCCCGCAGCUCCGCUUGGCCCAGGAAGGCUGAGYGGCGGAGCUGGAGCCGGGGUGGUGUGAAGUGGGCUGGAGGAAAGCGUGUCCAGCAGGUCCCAUAGAGGACAUCGGUGAAGUGCUGUUUGGCACUGCCUUGGGGUGGCGGGGGGAGGGGAGGUCGCAGGGAAACAAUACAGAAUUGGCAAAGCGUAAUUCGUGCAUGGUGCGCCAGAUGUAGGUUCAAAUACAAAUGGAUUCAAGUUCUUGUAAAAUCAGAGCUAUUCCAUCUCUGCCCAUUCAUAUUAAUGCCSCUGCUAAGUCAAAAGCCUUCUCCGUAGUUCCUGCUAUCCUAUUUUCCUGCUUUGCACCAGCACCAUGCUCUUUAACUGUCCAGGUCAACUUGUCAUAUUUACUUGUCUGUUUUUGUGAAUUGCAACUGCUGCAUGUGCGACAUCCCAUGACUCUGAGUUCAUGGUUAUCUUUGUAUCAGUUUAUCAUUAUCUCUGAAGUUUAUUCUGAAGUUUUGUAAAUCUCAGAUUAUCAUAAUAUUACAAAAUUAAAGAUAGGGAGCUAUUAUUUUUGAUAGAAUUCAAAUCUGAAUUUCACCUGCAGCCAUAAAGGAUAUAUUAUUUUUUGCUGUCCACAGCUGAGGCCUGAGGCAGACUUCUUAUUAGACAAUAUUCAAAAGAUGCUUCUGUUUAAAGUUUUUAUUGGUUUGGGUGUUUUUUUAAGAUUGCUCAUUCUUAGCUCCCUGAUGCUCACAGGUCUCUCCUCAGUCUGUUGGAAGAAAGAGACUACUAUCCCAGUGUCAGGACAGGAAUACGGAAUCUUAAAAAGUGGUGUUUCCAGUGCUAGUUUUUAAGCUCUUUUAGUAUGUCUGUACUGAGAUUAUUUCAAGCUGUGGAAUCUGCCUAAACCUGAAAUGUGGCAUAGGCGGGAAAUUAAUUUCCUUGGCCCAAUACUUAGUUCACAACUAAUUUCCAGCUUUUCUAGGAAGGACAAACUUGCAGUGUGUUUUAGUUUAUUAGCCUCUGCUCUGCUUUUUUUUUUCUGUGGUUUUGGUACCUCAGAAAAAAUUACCUGAGCCUUUUUUUCAGUGCUCCAGUUUGCAGCACUGCAGAAGAUACUGCAUUGUAACUCUUAAAACUCAUAAUGUGGGCUCCUCUCUCUUUCCUUAUGUAUUUUGCUURUCAGUAAAAACAGUUAAUGACAUUAGUAUUUAUUGUUCUCUUUGUCUCUUUGAGAAGAAUGAGACAGCUGGGGCUUCUGAACAAUUGUUUCAAGCUCUGCACCUUUCAGGACAGGGAACUCUAUAUGCUUUCAGUUUGUUUCAUAUUUUAGAGACGAUCUUCAGGUAUGAGAACUAAGUCUUAAAAUUGAUUGAAAGUUAAAAAUGGCAGCCUUGUCCUUUCUUUUGUGUUUAAAUUCUGCAUCGCUGACCUGUUGUAAAUUGGCUUAGCUUGAACCCAGCUGAAGGCAUUUUGGCAGGCCAUCCUUAUGUUUAUUUUAUGAUAUUCUUUAAUUUUGAUAAAGGACUCAAUAAAGAAUAUUUGUAGGAAUGUUGGUUUUGUUCUUGCRCUUUUCAUGAACGCUUUUCCUGCCUCAGUGACACUGUUCUUUGUAAUCCUGAAUGUGAAGUAUGGGCAAACUGAACGAAGAAGCAAAGAGCUGAAAUUAGAGUAGGGGCRACAGUGUAUCUGAUUCCAAUGCGUGUUUCUUGGUGAAGGCGCAUGUCCUUAAGGUAAGUCCUGUUGUUCACCUGGGCGUAGGAAAAAGGAUSUCCUUGAGAUACUGCUGGUAACAUCCCCUACAGUGACUGCAGGGAAGACUACAUAGUGGACCAAGAAAUUGGACGAAUUGCAUAAAUGCCUUGGUGUGGACCUGGGCAAAUCACUUGCACAUGACUCCCUGCUGUUGGCUGAAAUGCAGAAUGGUAACAAUACAUUGUGAAGCUUAGCUGAGGGUAUUUUCAGGAGGGUGCUAAGUUCCUGGUCCAUCCUUGUGUCCACUCUUCUUUGUGGUCUUCAUUAGAGUUCUGUUUUUCCUACAGUUUUGUGCAGCAGAAGUAUUACAUUUGGGACAGUGUAAGUCUCAGAUGUGAUUUUUUUUAAUUGCAGGGAAGAUGAAAAGAAAGUUUGCUUUUGGAGUGAAAAAAAAGUGUGGUUGAAAAAUUUAAAUUUUAAUGGGUCUAUCUGGAAAUGUUUUGAAAACUCCCACCUGUUGAUGCCCYUUCCCCACUGUCAACAGUUACUUAACCUGUGGGAACAAAUAGAAACCUUUUUAAGGUUUUCACCCUAGCACGUGUGUUUGCGAUUCCACGUAUCUGUUUAAAGUGAACUAUUGCUGAAGCCUUGAAUCACAAUCUACUUGUAGCUAACUUCACAGAAGGGUUAUUCUAACAAUGAAAUAAGCACCAAAGUGUGCAUGGGUAUUAGAAAAGAUUCAUUUGUUAUAAUAUUUUUAAAGCUGUCAUUUUGUUAGAAAUAAUGGUUCUUACAAGGGGAGAAAGGCAUCCUUGUCUCUCAGAGAAGUUGUGUUUCAUUGGAUUUAGCUGUUCAAACCAGGGAGCAUGUACACUCACAAAACGUUCAUGUCAUUGGCAGUGGGACUGUAAGGUGUUGAAGUAKCUCGAGGCAGGCUUUAUCUAGUAUUGUGAUAGGAAAAAAAUACCCUGUGGCUUAGUUCUGCUUUAUUUAAAGCCUUUUAGGCUGUCUGAAUUUUUGUGUAAAAUUGAUGGCUAUUGUGAAGGAUUGGUGCAGUAAUAGACUACCCAAAUAGCACAGGAGCUAUUGCAUWCAUCUUACUGAGGUUCUUCUAUUACAAGUCUGAGGCUAAAAGGUAGCAUUUGGCUCAUUUUGAUUUUGAGGUACUACCAAGUGGUGUGUUUGAGAAUGGCAUCCUAAAUGUAUAUUAAAAAAAAACCUUCUAAGGAUUCUUUUUGUUUUAAACUUUUGUAGGAGGGAAGCCUGGAUGGAUUGAAGCAGGUGACAAASACAGAAGGCUCUGCUUUUAAUUUCCCUGGGGUUUUUUUCUGGGGACCUGCUUGAGUGAAGUGUCAUAAGUCUGGCUGUAACCUUUAAGUUAAUCCAAUUAUUUAUUGCUUCUUGGACUCCCCAAAUAGAUUUGCUGUACAAAGCAUUGUAUUUCCAAAGUUUCCUUCUUUGUAUGUUAAUUUCUCAUUCCACUAAAGCCUCUGGAGUUUUUUUUUUGUUGGUUUAUCAAGCAGAGGAACCAGAAAAUGAUUGAAGAUUACUCAAAUUGCUACUGUAAAAACUCAAGGAGAGUCAUUCCCUUUUUAUGAGCUAUUUUUUAAAAAAGUACUUCAGGUCACCACUGCAGUUUUAGUUCAGAAUCCUCAAAACUAUGAUUGAUUCCUCUAUGAAAUUAGUAGAAUUAGGCGGCAAAGUAUCUUGAGGGGUCUACAAAGUGUCUGGUUAGGCCAUAGURCUGAGAGACAAAACCCUGAAGGUUCUGUUUAAUACUUCUGCAACAAAAAUACAAAGCUGUUUGUUUUCUAUUGGUAUUAAUACAGCUGUGGUCCAACUUGAUCUAAGCUUAACUUUAAGAGUCUCAUCACCUCUUUCUUUUCUUUUGAGGUCAUGAAACGCGUACGCACAGAACAGAUUCAGAUGGCAGUUUCCUGCUACCUCAAGCGCCGUCAGUAUGUGGACUCAGAAGGUCCCCUAAAACAAGGGCUGAGGCUGUGUCAGACUGCUGAAGAGAUGGCAGCUAAUCUCACAGUCCAAUCUGAGUCUGGUUGUGCCAACGUUGUUUCUGCAGCUCCCUGCCUGGCAGAGCCACAGCAAUAUGAAGUACAGUUCGGACGAUUGCGCAAUUUUCUCACAGAUUCAGAUUCUCAGCACAGCCAUGAAGUGAUGCCUCUUCUAUAUCCCCUCUUCGUCUACCUCCAUCUGAACAUGGUCCAGAAUGGCCUAAAAAGCACAGUGGACAGUUUUUACAGCCGCUUCCAUGGCAUGUUCUUGCAGAAUGCCAGCCAGAAGGAUAUCAUUGAACAGUUGCAGACUACCAUGACKAUUCAAGAUAUCCUGUCCAACUUGAAGCUCCGGGCUUUUCUGGACAACAAGUAUGUCAUCCGUCUUCAAGAGGACAGCUACAACUACCUUCUUCGCUACCUCCAAAGUGACAACAACAACGCCCUGUGCAAAGUCCUGACCUUGCACAUUCACCUGGAUGUGCAGCCUGCCAAGAGGACUGACUACCAGCUCUAUGCUGGUGGGAGCUCUUCACGCAACGAGAGCAGCGGCCUGGAACCCAGUGACAUGCCAGCUUCCAUUCUGCARAAUGAGGCAGCCCUGGAUUUACUGCAGGACAGCAUUAAACGUGUCAAGGACGGGCCCCCUUCCUUAACUACCAUCUGUUUCUAUGCCUUCUAUAACACAGAGCAGUUGCUCAACACUGCAGAGAUUUCACCAAAUAGCAAGCUGCUUGCUGCUGGGUUUGAUAAUUCAUGUGUGAAGCUGUGGAGUCUGCGCUCCAGGAAGUUGAAAUCUGAGCCCCACCUUGUUGAUGUGUCCCGUAUCCGWUUGGCUUGUGACAUCCUGGAUGAGGAGGAGGAAGAGGAUGACAGUGCAGGCACAGAAAUGAAGAUCCUGAGAGGACACUGUGGACCUGUGUACAGCACGAGGUUUCUUUCAGACAGUUCAGGAAUCUUAUCUUGUUCUGAGGACAUGUCCAUCAGAUACUGGGACCUCAGAAGUUUUACAAACACUGUGUUGUACCAAGGACAUGCCUAUCCUGUCUGGGAUUUGGAUAUUAGCCCCUGCAGCCUGUACUUUGCCAGCGGUUCCCACGAUCGCACUGCAAGGCUCUGGUCGUUUGAUCGGACGUACCCACUGCGAAUAUAUGCAGGCCAUUUGGCAGAUGUGGACUGUGUMAAGUUCCACCCCAAUUCCAACUACUUAGCAACGGGCUCCACAGACAAAACCGUGCGCCUGUGGAGCACGCAGCAGGGCAACUCAGUGCGGCUUUUUACUGGGCACCGGGGCCCUGUGCUGGCACUUGCAUUUUCUCCCAAUGGUAAGUACCUGGCAUCUGCAGGUGAAGACCAGCGGCUGAAACUGUGGGACUUGGCAUCAGGAACUCUUUACAAAGAACUGAGGGGGCACACAGACAACAUAACCAGCCUUACUUUUAGCCCUGAYAGUAGUUUAAUUGCUUCAGCAUCGAUGGACAAUUCAGUUCGAGUCUGGGACAUUCGGAACACUUACUGCAACGCUCCAGCGGAUGGAUCUUCCAGUGAACUGGUUGGUGUAUAUACUGGACAGAUGAAUAAUGUACUGAGCGUUCAGUUUAUGGCCUGUAAUCUUCUUCUAGUGACUGGAAUUGCACAAGAAAAUCAGGAACAUUAAUUUUGCUUUUUGUCUUAGGGAAGUGGGUGUGUGUCUUGAAUGCCAGAGUCCAUUGCAAGCUGAGAUUACUGACUGUGAAACACUUUCCUUCAUCUGCCCCCAUGAAAGGCAUAUUCGGAGUGAUGCAAAUGCUUUAAGAUGUCACAAAAAUGCCUGUGUUGUUGAACAGAAAAAUGAAAAAAAAAAGGAGGAGAGAUGAAAAUACAUACACAUUGUAAUUUUGUACUUGUAGGAAUGGGAAAAAAGGGGAGUAAAUCCAGUAGCUUGGGGAAACUGAAAGCCUGGUCCAGGCRAGUGAAACUGCCCACCAGAUAAGCUGCUGACCUGCACUUAAAUAUCCCACAUUGAUUGAUGGGCACAUCUUACCUACUGUUAAUUCGGCUUGAGUGUGUGGAGAACUACUGGCCCAGUGGUUUUUGUUCUGUUUUGCUUUUGUUUUCCUGGUAUUGCAGAGGAUCAUCAUUUUUAAGACCCUUCUAUUAAAAAAAAAUUAUGUAUUUUCUACAGUGAUAGCAGUCCUAAAUAUUUCAGCUCCCUAUAGCUCUUCUGGAAUAUUUUGGACUAAGUAAGUAGAAAAUACCACUGUUGUUUUUUAGUAAGUGGAUGGAAAUCUGACCUCAGUUGGGGCCCAUCUUUGCAUUGUUGUUUGGGUUUGGUUCCUGGUACUAGCUGUGAUUAUGUGUAUUUAUGUUCCAUUAAUUAGGAAAUUUUCUGACUCUGGUUGCACUGUGUUUUGAGAAUGGGAGGACAGUGGGGACAGAGYGGUGGCUUUAAGCGUAAUGAACAACUUGCCUUGUCUGGAUGGAGGGCACCAUAGAAUGGAAGUGGCCAAGUUUGGAUUCCUAAUGGAAACAGGGCAUGUCAACCCACCAGUGCACCUCACAGAAAUAUUUCUGUAAAUGGAAGUUGGCAAUCUAGGGAGAGAGGGAUGAGAAGAGACACACAAAGUGACAUGGCAAAACAUAGUAUUACUAAAUUUUUGUGUGUACACAGAGGCAGCUCUGCCAGAGUUGGAUUUUUCUUAAAUGUUGCAAUACUGGUUUCAUGAACGCUUUGUGAGAUAAAUCAUCAGCAUUUACAAGGAUUUGCGGAGAAAGCACGUUCUAGUUUGUCGUUUGGAGAGAUUAAAUAUUUCUGCUUUCUGGWAAGAGUUAUUUUGUAUUUUGUUUUCUAUUAAAAGCAUUUAGUUUAAAAAGAAAAACAAAAAUUGUUUGAUCCCUUUCUGGGAAGUUCGCUCUGACUUSUAUGAGAAGAAGAGAGCAGAAGCUUCUCCUACAGUGCUUGAGCCAGACCCCACUUUUCAUU